UCUCGUGUUCUUGUGCAACCCAUGGAGCUGACCGACCUCAUGGACCUAACCUCCAGAAUGGCUGCAGGUGCAUCCAAAGCAGACAUGUCACCUGCCAGGCAAAUCUACUGCCUGGAACCACCUGAGGCAACUGAACUAGACAGUGCCCUGUCGGCCCCUGUCGGACCUCUACGCGCCCGGCCUGCUGCACCGCGCCGGCCCACGCCGCUGUAGUACGUGAGGACGCACGGGCGCGCCAGCCCCCCUCACCUCCCCCCACCACUGCCGUAGUAGCAACAGCGGUCCACCACCAUGGCGGCCUUCGUGGCGAAACAGAUGGUCGGCAAUAAGCUGAACGCCGUCAAAGGUGCCGUUGGCGGCGAUGACGGCGACGGCGAUGACAAGGAAAAGGAGGAGGAGGCCGAGCGGGAACGGCAGGAGGCCAUCCGGGAGGCGGAAGAGCGCCGCAAGGAGAAGCACCGCAAGAUGGAGGAGGAGCGCGAGAAGAUGAGACAGGAGAUCCGCGACAAGUACAACAUCAAGAAGAAGGAAGAAGUUCAGGAGAUGCCUCCCCCCGAGCCUGACAACCCCCUGAUGCGCAAGAAGAAGACCCCCGAAGAGCUAGCGCGUGAAGCCGAGGCCGAGGACCAAGAUGACUUCACUAGUGAGUCCCAGCCCCGCCAGGGCCGCGGCAAAUUGAAGAACUCCAUAGAAACCCAAGUGAACGAACUAAAGUCGCAGAUUGAAAGCAAAUGCUCACUUCAGUGAACACCGUAACCACGAAGCCCCGUGCGAACCAGAACCACCAAAUAUCGUCAAAACGUAGAGGGAUGGAGCUGCUAUCAUCAGCAGCAACACUCUCCUUUUUUUCAUGUCAACUGAUAAGAAACCACCUCACUAUCGUACAUUUAAAAAAACAGAGAAGCGUACUUAGUUUUAUUUUAAAAUUAGUAAUUUUUGAACUGUAACUUUUGACUUGAUAUGCGUUGAUUGUUUAUCGCGAUUUAGUUCGUAACGUAUGAAGUGUUCAAAAGUUGAAACUGUGGAGAUAAAAUUUUGUUGUUUUUGUUUAGUAUUGAUUAUAAAAUAUAAUUUUUCAUUCGUUGUGCGUUCCGCAACAAAAGUUAGAAAUUAGAAUUGUUAAGAGAAAGAUGAUGUUUGUACACUUUUUGUAUAAGAUUUACCGUUAACGCUGUUAAUGUUACAAUAGGUUGGAAUUGAUGGUGCAUACUAGAUGUAUCGUGGUGAUGCGAACGGUGUCAAAAUCCACCGCGUCUCAUUUUUGUUUCCAUAUGUGACCAUAAUUUUUGCAACAGCGCAAAAUAGACAACUGCAAUGGUAUUAAAGCCCGUGUAGUAAAGCAGCAUGUUUCUAUAAAUGUAUUUUUCAAAUAUCAAACCAAUAUUUUCAUAGUGUUUCGUUGUGUCAUAAGUAUUCAAUGCUCAAAACGAGUACAUGUUAUGUUGAGUAAUACGCAUUUGUUUUGUGCUGGAAACUGCUGGUAGGCGAGGAAAGGGGGCGGCAAAUGAGAGCCUCAGAAAGGACGUGAUCUAAGAGUGUUCCUAACAUCCCAGGAACAUACAAUGGAGACAUAAUUCAUUUUAAGAGGGCCGCUUUUUUAUGAGACACCUUAAAAUGUUGUUUUUUAAAUGUUAUAAAAUUUUAGGACAAAGUAAAAUUUUCAUGUAAAUUGACAAAAAGGAUUGAUAGCAUGGUCAAUGUGUAGGAUUGUUCGGGUUUCUUUUGUUGAGCAAGGAUUUUACCGGUCUGCGUGUUUUCAAUGAUAAUUUGAAUAUUUCAAAGAAGUCUCCUGACGGGAUCCAUUCACAUUUUUGCCCAUACUUUCUCAAAGUUUUCUUUGAUCGCAUUGGGAACCAUGUCACAGUGGAUUUCGGAUAGCUCCUUUUAAUUGUUUUAUUAAUGGUGGAAAAGUACCUUUACAGAUUACAGAGAUCCAAUUUUUUUAACUUUGUUUACAAUAAGAAGUGGUUUUCCACUCUUAAUGUUGUGACCUCAAUCAUUCUGUUUGAGUUCAUUGCCAAUUAUUUUUGUUUAUUUAGUAGGUUAAGGAAAAGAUUGACUGCUAAGCUAAGUGAGUUUGAGCCACUAUGUGUCGGUGUACCACCAGGAACGUGGUGCAAAAAAAAACGGAAGCAGUGCUCAAGGCGUGAUGAGGAAGAUUGUAAAAGAUAUUCUCAUAACCCGCUCUUUUAUGUGCUUCGGCUUGAUUUUAACGGAAAAUAUUGUUCUUCUGGCACUCGAAGGAAUAAAAUUUUGUGCGUGCCUUACAUUUGUUCUCCUGAAUAAUUUUAUUUCAGAAAGUAAAUAGGGCAUUUAACAGUUGUCCGACUGACUCUUGCUGAUAUCGGCAGCCACGAGUGCGGGCCAGGCCGGGACACUGCCGUACCUUCCAUCUAUAAAGUGGAUUGUGUCUUUUUUCCACGUUAAAGUGCCUUGAGGUUACUUCUCCAUUCCAUUUUCUUUUGUACCGAAGGGCCAAUACGGUCCCUCGAAAUCUGUCGUUUUUUAUGUAUACUAUUUCCAACCGGGAUCCGGAUCAGAUGUUCGCCUUCUUAUUGCACCGGCCUUAUGGUUGCAAACAUUUUAGAGAAAUUAAUCUUUCCGUGAACUAAUGCAUAAUACAAGAGCAAGGUGCGGCAAUUUCACAAACGUGGGGAAACUGUGGUACCUGUGCCAAAAGCAAUAAUAAACUUUAAAUAUUUUUUUUAGUCGCUUGUCUGAAACAAUUUUUUAAAUUGCUCUUUACGCUGGUUAAUGAAAUUACUAUCACCAAAUGAUCAUUUCACAUUUCGUCCUCUCAAGCAUGGCGUGAAUUUCUUGGCUUCUCUUUGUCAAAUCCUGUCUCCUCAUACUUUCGCUUCGAUCGACUGUGGGCUUCUUAUCUUGGCUAAAUUGUGCAAAUUGCCUAAUUCUAAUCUAUUUUAAAUCUUAUCUUUCUCUUAAUAAUGACGUGAUCGCAUGCUCCACUUAAAAGCCCAUCAUGUAGAUAACUCCUUUUACUUCUCUGACUGCGGUGACAACGACUGACUGACGGGACUGACAACUAUGGUUAACCGGGGUCUUCUCUGCGGCGGCUACGGGUAAACCCGUUUCAACAGCUUCUCGAAUUGAGCCUAUUUUGCCCGUGAACGAUGUCAAUUCAGAAUUAUGUAUAUCAAAUCAGCAUUCCAAAUUUUGUGUUAACCUGCUAUCGUAUUCAAAUGUUGGUUUUCAUUAAACUAUUUGUUUUUCAAUUUUUUAUUCACAAUGUAAAUAUUUUUGUGUAUUUAUUUUCACAUUGAUGUAAGAACACAGCCCAUUUGUUAUAUUAUUUAUUCAACGUAUUUAUUUAUGUAUGUCGCAAUGGAGAAAGAGGCUCGGUGCCGCACCUGAGGUGAAUCCACAGUCCACAUCUCCUGAAGAUAUUCACACGGCCUGGGAAAAUUUCCUGUUUAUGGAGACUUUCCCUGGCCAAAUCACCUCGAUUUACGAUAUGCAGAACUAGGUUGCUAGACAUCAUUGCGAUAUGCAUAAUAAUUUCUGCAUGGAAAUGCCUUAGCCGCGUGCUCGCAAGAUACAAUAAGCCGUAAAUUUUAGCAAUCACAUAGAGUGAAGAAGUGUAGGUCGUAGCAGUAUAAGAGACACGGUUGGAUACCCUCUCACCUUAAUACUUGGCGGACAGAAACUUUUCAAGACAUGCAGUCAACUCUCCUGUCUCUUCAUCUUUUUCACGAGUUCUUUUCUUGUGUCUGUUAUGUGUACACCACAAUCCCUUCCUUUCUUUCCGGAAUCCUGGUAUGAAACACUAACAAUUUUAAUUUACUUGUCAGUAAGCCUUCUAUAACGCAACCAAAAUUUUCUCUCGAAUAUGCAAGCGCAGGUGGUGCUAGGUGGUGUGUUAUUAGUGCCUGUCAUUUUAAAGGCUUAAACCAAUGUUGUCAAAAUUUCACUCAUAGUAGUACAAAACUGAUGACGAAGACGACCCCGUUGCUCAUCCCAAUAAACCAGAAAGGUGGAGGUCUUAACCUAAAUUCCCAUUUUAGUGAUGUAAAUUUUAAAUUGUAUAUUCCGAUAUGUGUACAUGUCGCUAAUGAUAGUCGUGAUAAAUACGAUGUGUAUUUCGGCGGUUGUCUCCACGUGUCUUUUAAACGUAUUGUUCACAUUCGUAAGUUAGAAUAAAAUUAUUAAUUGUUGAUAUAUGAAUGAAUAUAUUGAAAUGAUUUGUUGUAUGCUCCCUAUCUGUUUGUUCCGAAUUCUAUACUGCCCUGACUUUCUUUUCCACUUGUGCCGAUUCAUAAAUCUAACAAUAUUAGGGCAGAUACUGUCGUUUUAAACCCAUUAGGGGAAGCUUAAUGGAUGCCUGAGUGUUUUGGCUUAUUGUAAUCAACCGGAUACUCCUAUAUGAAUACAACAGUUUUAAAUGACCAUUUCAGACUCCUGUUAAGAAAAAAAUCAGUCUGCAACCGAUACUUACUCUUUGUAAAGGUGCCCAGAGCGUUUAAUUGUGUUAACGCCCACAGAACUUACUACUAAAAUUUUACAUGAUCUGCUAUUAUAUGUAUAUUUUGGGUGUCCUUUCUAAAGAAAUAUUUGUAGUGUGCUUUUCAGUCUCCCGCCCGUGUUAUUCAUUUGUUUAACACUAAAUUUUAUCCCAUUAAAUCUGGAAAAUGAUUUUGAAAAUAUUGCUGUGAUAUGCGCUGUAGUGUUUUCCAAACAGGGUUUGCAGUGGGUCAGUAUCAUCGUUUAUUAUAUUGGCGUCGCGAGAAAUCGUGACGGUUCAUCGCGGUUGAUGCUGCGCGAAUGACGAAGUUUUCGUUUUUGCAAGGCUACCCUAUGACGAUUGCUAGAAAAGUACUGUACGCCCAUAAUAUUUCUACCGUUGUUGUCCCAACUGAUGUUUAUGGUUAAUUUUCCUCGUACAUGAUUAAAAGUUUAGAAUGUAGACUAGGACAUUGUAAAAAGCCACUUUGACCCAAAGCAAGUGGAAAACGUAAGCAAACUUGGUCUUAAUGCAACAAAAAAUGCAAAAUAUGUAAUGUAGGGAGCCUGUUGGUUAAAUAAAAAUUGUUGUUAAACCUA